UUCUAAAAGAGGGGAGACAGUUCAAGACACGCACUCAAAAACCAGAUGCCUCACUGAACAGUUUAACCUUUCGGUUCUAUGUCCAUCAUCUGGGACUGACAGUGAACAAUAAUAAUAAUAAAAAAAGUCGCCAUCAUCUCCGUUGUUUUAGAUGAAGAAUGGGGUGCGCGAUUUCAGGUCUGGCAACAAAGACGGAGUUUUCACAGAGGGACAGAGAUGAGGCUGCAGCCGCCGCAGCUGCUGCGCAUCUCAGCGAGGAGCAGGUUCAGAUGAUCAAGGAUUCCUGGAAAGUUAUUCGAGACGAUAUUGCCAAAGUUGGGAUUAUUAUGUUUGUGAGGUUGUUUGAGACGCAUCCCGAGUGCAAAGACGUCUUCUUCCUGUUCCGAGAUGUGCAGGACCUGGAGAGGCUGAGGACAAACCGGGAGCUCAGAGCACAUGGUCUGCGGGUGAUGUCCUUCAUUGAGAAGAGUGUGGCCAGACUGGAUCAGCCAGAGAGACUGGAAGCUCUGGCUGUGGAGCUGGGAAAAAGCCAUUAUCACUACAACGCCCCACCUAAAUACUACAAUUACGUGGGCGCAGAGUUUAUCUGUGCUGUACAGCCUAUCCUAAAGGAGAGGUGGACCGCCGAGUUGGAGGAGGCCUGGAAGACGAUGUUCCAGUAUGUAGCGAGCCUGAUGAGGCAGGGAUAUCAGGAUGAGAGCGCCCGGCAGCGCAACCUGGCAGCAUCCCCAAAGGACAGACCGGACAAGAAGAACACAGCUCUAUGAAAUGAUCCGUCUCUAAACAAUAGACUGACUUCACCAACACGGCACAUAAAUAUCUAUAUGUAGACACUUUU